AUGUCGCCUCCUAUGCCGCCAAAGCAGCCUGGCGCUGGCGCUGGCGCUGGUGAUCCUUUACCCGUCGUCGGCUCCGACCGUCCUCAGACGCCUGUCGAUGAUGGUGGUGUCCACCCUCUACUCCAGGUGGCAUCUGUUCCCCCGCAUUCUCGCUCGACGGCUGCCGCUGCCGCUACAACUGCUACCAGUCCGACUUCCGAGUCCGUCUCAUUGCCAUUGACUUCUUCCACGCAAUCACCAACAAACACUACUCAGGUUGCCUCAAGGGCCUCUGAAGCCCAGGCGGAAUCAUCUUCAGCCAUGAUAUUCUCCGAUAUUUAUAAGAGCCCGCGGUCACCUAUCGCAAAGCUCCGUCAUAACUCGGUUCAGUUGCCGACCUCAUUGCCCGACAAUACCCCAGAUUGGUACGACGAUGAGCACGCCGACCUUCUCAGUAAGGACAAGGCGAAACAGAAGGAAGCUGUGAGACGAUACCUUGACGCCAAGAUCAAGAAUGAUUGGGAUUUCUCAUGGCCAUCUCGCGUCGUCGACCCUCCACCAGUUGAAGGUGACGUCGCCGUUGUCGACACGGCUUCCGAGUCACCUGAUACUAUCGAGACUGUAACCAGCCUCGAUGUCACUGAGCCAGCAAAGCCAAUUCAAGAUGAAACACGCGAAGACGAUGGCUAUCAAGUCGAUGACGCCGAGUCGUCGGACGACGGAGACAACAGCGAUGCCGAAUCCAAUUACAGCACCAUCUCUGAAGACCCCGUUCGCUUUCGCACACGUCUAGAGUGGACAUCCGAUCUUUCUGACGAUGAUGGUGAGCCAGGUCCUUCGCGAUCACCUUUUCGCUUCGACAACCCCAACAACGUGGGCUCAACUGUUCAAGCUACAGUUCAAGCGAAGCGCGCCAAGCGAAGGAGAGAUGUUCGCAAGGAAAUGGAGUGGAAUGAGGGUCUGGCCUGUUUCGAGGCCCGGCGAAAUGCAUGGACCGGCGCACGAACUGUUCGUAUCCGAGCCAAGCCUGUGACACCCCCUGCUGUGUCACCUCUAUCUCCCCGUCGUUUCUUUUUCCGCCGCUCCAUGUCGACAUCUCCCCCCAGCUCCACAAUUGCGUCCGCUCUACCGCCACAGGUUAGCGAUGCUUCUGACGGUUCCUCACUUGCGAAGAGCGACGAGCUUCGCAAUGCUCGAUCCAAGGACACAACGCCAUCAACACCUCCCGAUAGCCGGAACUAUCCUGUCGAGGUCCUUCUUCCCCUUGCGCCGCCUCUCUUGCCUCCUAAUAACGCCCUACGCGCAUCCAUCACACCUUCUGUGUAUCUCAGCCUCUAUGAUAAGGUCAUUAUUCAUAGCCUUCAGCCCUCAUGCCCUAUCAAUCUUUCGGAUAUGCUCCGAGCCUGCGUCACAGGCUGGAAGCGAGAUGGCGAAUGGCCACCCCGACCGACAAUGCCCCCGCCUGCUCCCGCUGCCAAGAAGAAGAAGCCUAAGAAAACCUCAACUCAAUCAGAGAACGCAGGUAGUACUGUUCGACGCAUGAGUUUUGGACUAUUAGGUCGUGACAAGGACGAUACAACAGGUGGUAAGGGCAUUCGACGCAGCCUCGUACGGGCCCUCGGAAUUGGAGAGACGGCCGACGGACCGAAAUAA